AUGGAGAUAUCUCUGCACCUGCCGAUAUGUACAGCCUGCGGGGUGCAGUACGAGAGCUCGACGGCUCCCGAGACAUGUUUGAUAUGCGAUGACCCGCGGCAGUACGUUCCCGCGACCGGCCAAGCGUGGACGACGCUGGGCGCGAUGCAAGUCUCGACGGCGGGGUACCGCAACGAAAUCAAGCUGGUGGACCCCGAGGAAGAACUCGAGCUGUAUUCGGUGUGCACGGUGCCGAAGUUUGGGAUGGACCAGCGCGCGCUGCUGAUGGUGCGGGACGGGGGGAAGAGGAAUGUGUUGUGGGACUGCGUGUCGUUUCUGGACGCGGAGACGGUCGAGAGGAUUACUCGGCUCGGCGGGAUUUCGAUGAUUGUGCUUUCGCACCCGCAUUUCUACGCGACGCAUGUGGACUGGGCGAGGACGUUCAAGUGCGAGGUGUAUCUGAGCUCGAUGGAUACGGAUUUCCUGAUGCGGCCGAACGCGAACGACGUGCAGCGGUUUAUCAACGAGGAUAUUUUCACGGUCGAGGGAGACGACGAGCUGUCUGUCGUCAGGGUGGACGGGCAUUUCCCGGGUAGUAUGGUGUGCGGAUGGAAGGGAAGGCAUUUACUUGUCUCGGACUCGAUAUCGGUCGCGCUGAGUGGAGUCGGUAGACGGCCGAGGAGGGCAGGGACUACGAGUUUUAAUUUCAUGUGGAGUCAUUGUAAUAUGAUCCCCCUCGACGCCUCGGCGAUAUACUACAUCUGGGUGGCGAUCAGGGACAUGAAAUUCGAUGCCGUGCACGGGCAUCGUGAUGGAUUGACGGUGAAGCCGAACGCGAAGGAGCGGGUGCUGGAGAGUAUGAAGAUUGUGUUGGAGAAAAUGGGGUGCUGCGACGAGUUGGUCUUUGAUUUCGAGGCUGAGGAGGAGUAUUUGUAUUUUGAAGUGUAG